AUGCAUAAAGGUAUUGUUCGUAAUUUUUGGAUUCCCAGGUGCAUAUCUAUCUAUCUAUCUAUCUAUCUAUCUAUCUAUCUAUCUAUCUAUCUCAGUCUGUUCAUAUUUAUUUCAGUCUGUUUAUAUCUAUCUCAGUCUGUUGUCUGUUCCUAUCUAUCUAUCUAUCUAUCUAUCUAUCUAUCUAUCUAUCUAUCUAUCUAUCUAUCUCAUCUGUUGUCUGUUCCUAUCUAUCUAUCUAUCUAUCUAUCUACCUAUCUAUCUCAGUCUGUUCAUAUCUAUCUAUCUCAGUCUGUUCAUAUGUAUUUAAGUCUGUUAAUAUCUAUCUAUCUAUCUAUCUAUCUAUCUAUCUAUCUAUCUAUCUCAGUCUGUUCAUAUUUAUUUCAGUCUGUUAAUAUCUAUCUAUCUCAGUCUGUUGUCUGUUCCUAUCUAUCUAUCUAUCUAUCUAUCUAUGACUUUUCAUGUAUAUCUAUCUAUAUGUCGUAUCCUACGUGGUGCAAGCCCAUUUGCCUCACCACUACACCUGGUUCCGAAACCCGAAAUCACGGAUUUUGGAGUAUUCACCGAUUACAGGAAACCAUCUCUGAUCGUUACCCACUUCCUCAUAUCCAUGAAUUUGCCUCAGGGCUACAGGGUAUAUGCAUAUUCUACAAGAUCGAACUAACCAAGCCAUACCACCAAAUCCCUAUGGCUACGGACGACAUUCCUCAAAACAGCGGUUACCAUAUCAUUUGGCCUGUAUGA